UUCCACUUAAAGGUCCCUCCCGCGCGCCAGUGCUGGAGCCGCUGCCGCCGAGUCCAGACCUCACUGCUGUGCGCCGCUGACGCCCGCCCGACGUGCACCACCGGUUCCCUUUGGUCCCAAGUCCAGUAUGGCAACUCUCAAGGAUCAGCUGAUUCAUAAUCUUCUUAAGGAGGAACAGAUUCCCCAGAAUAAGAUUACAGUUGUUGGGGUUGGUGCUGUUGGCAUGGCCUGUGCCAUCAGCAUUUUAGUGAAGGAACUGGCAGAUGAACUUGCUCUCGUUGAUGUCAUAGAAGACAAAUUGAAGGGAGAGAUGAUGGAUCUGCAACAUGGCAGCCUUUUCCUUAGAACACCAAAAAUUGUCUCUAGCAAAGACUAUAAUGUGACUGCAAACUCCAAGCUGGUUAUUAUCACAGCUGGGGCACGUCAGCAAGAGGGAGAAAGCCGUCUUAAUUUGGUUCAGCGUAAUGUGAACAUCUUUAAGUUCAUCAUUCCUAAUGUUGUAAAAUACAGCCCAAACUGCAAGUUGCUUGUUGUUUCCAAUCCAGUGGAUAUCUUGACCUAUGUGGCUUGGAAGAUAAGUGGUUUUCCCAAAAACCGUGUUAUUGGAAGUGGAUGCAAUCUGGAUUCAGCCCGGUUCCGUUACCUGAUGGGGGAAAGGCUGGGAGUUCAUCCAUUAAGCUGUCAUGGCUGGGUCCUUGGGGAGCAUGGAGACUCUAGUGUUCCUGUAUGGAGUGGAGUGAAUGUUGCUGGUGUCUCCCUGAAGAAUCUGCACCCAGAUUUAGGCACUGAUACAGAUAAGGAACAGUGGAAAGAGGUUCACAAGCAGGUGGUUGAGAGCGCUUAUGAGGUGAUCAAACUGAAAGGCUACACAUCCUGGGCCAUUGGACUGUCUGUGGCAGAUCUGGCAGAAAGCAUAAUGAAGAAUCUUAGGCGGGUGCAUCCAGUUUCCACCAUGAUUAAGGGUCUCUAUGGAAUAAAGGAUGAUGUCUUCCUUAGCGUUCCUUGCAUCUUGGGACAGAAUGGAAUCUCAGACCUUGUGAAGGUGACCCUGACUUCUGAGGAAGAGGCCCGUUUGAAGAAGAGUGCAGAUACACUUUGGGGGAUCCAAAAAGAGCUGCAGUUUUAAAAUCUGUCAGGCUGGCAGGUUAGCUCAGUUGGUUAGAGUAUGGCAUUACAACACCAAGGUCAAGGUUGGGAUCCCCAUUCCAGCCAGCUGCCAAAAAAAUAAUCUUCUACUGUCAUACCACUUCACUGUCUAGGCUACAACAGAAUUUUAGUUGGAGGUUGUUUGUGCAUGUUGUCCUUUUUUCAUAAAGUUAGAAAUAGAAAUGGUUUGUAAAAUCUUAUAGCUAUAUCCUGAUGCUGGAUGGUACUUUUCUUGUAUAUUCCUAAACUGGUUAGUGUAAAAUAGUUCUACCACCUUUGAGGCACCACUGCCAAUGCUGCACAUGCUGCAGUUGCUCUAUAGACUAGAUGUAUGUUAACUGUAUGUUAUGUAACUUCUGGUUCCUUCACUAAACAUGCCCACUCCAACUUUUUUCCCAAUCAUUCACAUCAUGGGAUCCAGUGUAAAUCCAGUAUUGCAUGUCUUGUGCAUAACUGUUCUAAAUUACCUUAUUUUGUGUAAUAUAUGUAUCAGAAGUGUACAUUGCCAUAUAAUGUAAAAAGAAAGAUCUAAAUAUAAUCAGUGCAACCAAUUAUGUAAGUGUCAUACCAACUAAAACACCAAAUAAACCUUGAACAGUGA